CGCUCAUUCGUGAUCGUCAAUUUGAAGUGUGAACAUCGUGAACGUACAAUCCUGUGCUCAUCAUGACUGGAAGAGGAAAGGGAGGAAAAGGUCUGGGUAAAGGAGGAGCCAAGCGUCACCGAAAAGUGCUGCGGGAUAACAUCCAGGGCAUUACCAAGCCCGCCAUCCGCCGUUUGGCUCGGCGCGGAGGAGUGAAACGUAUCUCCGGUCUCAUCUACGAGGAAACCCGUGGCGUCCUGAAAGUAUUUCUGGAGAAUGUGAUUCGUGAUGCGGUCACUUACACUGAACACGCCAAGCGUAAGACCGUCACCGCUAUGGAUGUGGUGUAUGCUCUGAAGCGUCAGGGCCGCACUCUGUACGGUUUUGGAGGCUAAAUUUAUCUCUAUAAAACUUCCAUGUGGAGUCUCAAAUCAAACGGUCCUUUUCAGGACCACAAUACAUUACUCAAGAGCUGUGUCUUUCGCAACAUUAAAA